AUCGCUGCCAACGUUGUUCAUCUCUCCCAAAUGGCGGACCACUCCUCUCUCUUGCUGCGCGGGGGCACGUUGCUGCUCCACGAUGAUGCCGACCAUGUGGUGCCGACAGUGGCAGACAUCCUCGUCGAGGGUUCUCUGAUUUCCAAGAUUGGCACGAACAUCCAGUUGGACUCCCAAGAAGCUACGCGCGUGAUCGAUGUGUCCGGCAAGAUCGUCGGCCCGGGCUAUGUCGAUACUCACCAUCACCUCUGGCAGACCCAGAACAAAGGAGCCCACGCAAACCAUACACUCCUACAGUACAUGCCCAGGGGCAACAACGUUUCCGUCCGCUACUCGAAUAGGGACCUGUUCUAUGGUCAGCUCUCUGGCUCGCUCGAGGCCAUCGAUGGCGGCACGACCACCGUUGUGGACCACGCCCACUGCAAUGCAUCUCCUGAUCAUCCCCACACCGCCAUCCAGGCUCUCGUCUCGUCUGGCCUUCGGUGUGUCUACUGUCUCUCGCCACGCAUCUCGUCCGUUACCAGUAACCCCCCUACCGUCAAGGUCGACUACUACUCGGCCGAGGCCAUCACAUCGUUCCGCGCCCUGGCUGGCAGGGCACCCUACGGCAACGGGCGCAUCCACAUUGGUGCCACGCUCGACAACCCAUUUGUCGACGGCGACACCAUCAAGGCCUACUACGCGGCGCUCCGUGGCACCGAUGGCGACGGCAACCACCCGGCAGCCAAGCUCAUCACCUCGCACUCCGCCGCGGGGCCCAUCUCCGGCGGUGACAGGUCCCCCUCGGUCAUCCAGAUCCUGCACUCGCACAACCUCCUGGGUCCAGACAUUCUCAUCUCGCACGCGAACCACCCGAAACCGGGCGACGGGCAGCUCUACGCCGAGUCCGGCGCGCACGUCUCCAGCACGCCCAACACGGAGCUGCAGAUGGGCGAGUAUCCCGUCGCCAUGCGCGCAGACCAUUACGCCAACGCCAGCCUCGGGAUCGACUGCCAUACCUGGGGCGCCGCGGACAUCCCCAGCCAGAUGAGACUGGUGCUGCAGGCUGCGAGGGUGGAGAGGGGCGAGAAGCUCGCGAAUGGCCUGUAUGAGGGCAAGGAGGGACGCAAGAUGUGGAGCCGUGUCACGGGAUUCCAGUGUGAGGAUGCGUACAAUCUGGGCACGAUCAAAGGGGCCAAGGCUGCCGGCUUGGAGGGCGAGGUCGGCAGGCUGAGGCCCGGGUACAAGGCCGAUCUGGUCGUGUACGAGACUGAGUCGCCCAGGAUGUUGGCCGCCGCAGUCGAGGAUCCGGUCGCCGCCGUGGUCUUGCACAGCUGCCCUGCUGAUAUCUCCAUGGUGGUGAUUGACGGCGUUGUUCGCAAGGAGGACGGCAAGUUGGUUGACGUAGUUGUCUCGCCGGCAGAAUCGGCCCAAGGUGAAAGUCACCCCGGUGAUGGAUUUGCUGCGGAGCCGGGCACGCGACUGACUUGGAAAAGGAUUGCUGCCGAAGUUCUGGACAGCAGACUGAAGUUAAAACAGAAGUUUGCAGAGCUGGACUUUGUUGGCGCGGAGGAAAUGGUCAUGAAGGGCUUUUACUGGGACGAGCAGGCAUUGCUCGAGGCACAGACUUGACUGUGGUGGCCGAUGGCUCGCAUCUUCAGGAUCGUUAUCGGUUGCGUCCUGAGCAGGUAUACGAGAGCAGUCAUAGUAAUUUGUUGAUUUUGCGCAGUGCAUACAUUUACUUUAUCUGUACGCCGCUGCCAACCCGAGCUCCGAACUUGAAAUGAGAGGACUUGAAAA